AGGGUCAGAGGGACUGGUGGAUGGGAAGAACCCUUUGGGAGAGGGAAAAACAAUCACGUGUUUGGAGAUCAAAGGAGAUCUGCUUUGUAGGGUGGGGGUGAGAAAGAGAGGAGAGUUAGAGAAAGAGGGAGGGAGGGAGGGAGGGAGAGAGAGUGUAAUUGACGAGGCUGCAGUGGUGAAUAAACGCGCUCCGGUCUCGCUGCAGCUUUUAUUGCACAAUUCCGGGUCCGCUGCGUUUCGUUCGCCUUUUCGACCGUUCCGAACAGACUCGAUUCCUUCGAUCCAUCCGAUCAGCCUUGGAAACUAUGUUCCGAUCGGCGCAGAUCCAGCCGGCAAGAUGAUGCUGUUCCCUCUGCGCCUGGCCCUGGACCCCGACUCGGUGGUCCUGGUGAUCUUCGUGGUCUCCACGUCACUCGGCUCCGUGGUCGCUAAGGACACCGCGUUUGUGGAGGUGGUUCUGUUCGAGUCGAGUCCCAAUGGAGAUUACACCACGUACACGACCGGGUUGCAAGGACGCUUCUCCAAAGCUGGGGCCACUAUCAGCGCGGAGGGGGAGAUAGUCCAAAUGCAUCCCCUGGGACUGUGUAACAACAAUGAUGAUGAGGACCUCUAUGAGUAUGGAUGGGUAGGAGUGGUGAAGCUGGAGCAACCCGAGCUGGACCCGAGCUGUCUCACCGUGCUGGGAAAGGCAAAAAGAGCUGUUCAGAGGGGGGCAACUGCUGUCAUCUUUGACGUGUCGGAGAACCCAGAUGCUAUCGACCAGCUGAACCAGGUGGGCGAGGACCCCCUUAAGCGGCCGGUGGUCUACGUCAAGGGAAACGACGCCAUGAAGCUGAUGAACAUCGUGAACAAGCAGAAAGUCGCCCGCGCUCGCAUACAGCACAGACCCCCCAAGCAGCCCACGGAGUACUUUGACAUGGGCAUAUUCCUGGCCUUCUUUGUAGUCGUUUCCUUGGUCUGCCUUAUCCUGCUCAUCAAGAUCAAACUGAAACAAAGAAGAAGCCAGAGCUCUCUGAACCGGAUGGCCAUCCAGGCUCUGGAGAAGAUGGAGACGCGCAAGUUCAAGGCCAAGGUCAAAGGUCAGCGGGAGAGCAGCUGUGGGGCAUCUGAUUGGCUGAGCAGCAGCUCCACCUCAGACUGUGCCAUCUGCCUGGAGAAGUACAUGGACGGGGAGGAGCUGCGAGUCAUCUCGUGUGCUCAUCGCUUCCAUAAGAAGUGUGUGGACCCCUGGCUGCUGCAGCACCACACCUGCCCCCACUGCAGGCACAACAUCCUCGAACAAAAGAAGGGGACCCCCGGGUCGGUGUGCAUGGAGCCGGCCAGCUCAGUCCACAGCCGCCAGCAGAGGGUAGUGCUGCCCGUCCACUACCCAGGCAGGGUGCACCGCGCUGGGCAGGUGACGGCAUACCCCACCCGCACCAGCAUGGACCCCCACGGCAACCCCAUCACUGUGCUGACGGUGGACCAGCAUCCGGACCCCCAGGGUCUCUACCCGGCUCAGUCCACCUCUACAGCCUUCCUCCGCGGCUACCAUCCCACACUACACCUGGACCACUCGCUCAACCCCCACCAUUGUGGGCUGGAGCACCGCGGACCCCCCGCCUACCCUGCUGCGCAGCCCCCCCACCACACGGCCUUCAAGAGACCCAAGUUCCACGGCGGACGCAGCUUCUCGCGGGCAACCUGCUUCUCGCAGUACGAGACCAUGUACCAGCACUACUACUUCCAGGGCCUUACGUUCCCCCAGCCGCCCGACGGGGCCCAGGGACCAGCCAUGGCGGGGCUGCUGAACGGCGGGGCGGGCCCCCACAAGGGCCACCACGGCAGGGCCUUUCAGCAGGGCCUGCUGUAUCCAACAGUGAUGCACAUGGGGCCGGCCUCCAGCUCACGGAUGGCCGACACGGGGAGCGUGUCGGGCCUGGGCUGUUACCACGGCCACCGCUCGGUGUGCAGCGGCUAUCUGGCGGACUGCCCCGGCAGCGACAGCAGCAGCAGCAGCUCGGGCCAGUGCCACUGCUCCUCCAGCGACUCCAUGCUGGACUGCACCGAGGUCAGCAACCAGGGCGUGUACGGCAGCUCGUCCACCUUCCGCAGCUCGCUGAGCAGCGACUACGACCCCUACGUCUACCGCAGCAAGAGCCCCUGCAGGACCUCGGCGGGGGCCGAGACGGGCGCAGCGCCAGCCGACGACUCGCUCAGCCCCGCCCCCUCGGGACACGAGUGCCCGCCGGGCCAGCCCGCCGGGGCACCAGGGGGCUGCAGCCUGGAGGCCAACCACAGCAGUCGUUCAUCUCUGGAGACCCGGGAGAGCGGGGGGGCUUCGUCAGCAGGGGUCCCGCCUUGCGCAGCGGACCGGGGGAGCCGGGCUCUGGAGGAGUCGGGGGACCCUGGGCCUCCGGGGCCCGGGACCUGUGGCUGCUGCUUGGAGGGACCCCCUCCAAAUGCCGAGCGCAAGGUGCAGGACCGAGGGGGGCCGAUGGGCCGGGGCUGUCGCUUAGGGGCGGAGUUUCAGAGCGCCGCCUUGAAGAAGUGUUUUGCCCCUGAGCACAUGUGCCCGCCAUCGGAGCAGGGGGGGUACGAUGGGGGGCCCUGCUGCUUCUACAAGGAGAGGAAGGUGCACCGCGUGGCGCGCUAUGCCGAGGACUACACCGUCAACGUGCUGUACGCGCACACAGACUCAGAUGCUUGCUCUGGGCAGGGACGCUGUGAACUCAGCCAGAGAAUACCCAUAAUUCCCGAGGACACAGACUAUGAGUUGGGUGCAGCGACAGAGACCCAGGGAAGCCUCUUGCCGGCCAAUGGGACGACGGAGGCAGAGGCCCAAUCAGGGAGGCCGCAGGCGGACAGGAGGGCGGGGUACUUGUCCUCGGGACAGUUCAUAGGUCAGGUGUACCCACAGGAGGAGGAGAGGAGGGCCCUGGUCCAACCCCAUGGCCCAACAAGCAACAAGGAAUCGGGAAGCAAUACAUUUUCAAGUGAACGGGGACUGUAAGGACUUAGCAUUUAUACUGCCACGUCGAUGUUACAAUGCAAGCCAACCGGUCAAUCAGGCGAUCAAAUUAAAGCCCUUAGUUGCCUUGCAGUCGCCUUUUUUGCAAAACUCUGAAUGUUAGCAUCUUUGAUAGUGUAAUAUUUCUACUGAAAAUGAUGGUUGGCAGAUACACAGUUUAUUCAAUUCAGUACUAGGGCUACAAAACGUCUCGAGACAUGGACCAGCUGGUACUAAAAGCUUUGUUGGGGCCUCGUAACACAAACUGGAGCAGCUUGGACACAAUGCCCCUCUCCAAGGGUUCUGCCAUCCCAUAAUGGUAACUAGGGUUCUGCCAUUCCAUAAUGAUUACAACGUUUCAACCAUCCCAUAAUGGUAACAAGGGUUCCACCAUCCCAUAUUGGCGUUGUAACUGGUCCCCUACUUUCAUUUGUAUGCUUGUCACUUGAAAUUAAGCUUCCUUUUUUUGUGCAACUGGUUUGAUUUAGAUCUUUCACUUCAUGUAACUUCAUCAUCAUGUGUUUACGUGAAAAUUGAAAAUGCUAUAAUGCUUCAUCAACCACAAACUCGAGUAGAAACCGCUGUAUGGAUGAGCUUCACCAGAACUCAAAGAAAUGAGCUGUGUUCGUAAUUGUUCCCUAUUCACUCACUCACUAUUCGCUAUAUAGUGUUUAUGCUAUAGUGAACUAUAUAGGGAACGAACAAACGAGAAUUCGGACACUACGCUAAACAUUAAAAAAAAAACACGACCACAUUGCAUUGUGGUAUAUGGGAGUAACAUAUAGGGAACAUCAUAUGUUCACAAAAUUUUAUUGUUCACUAUAUAGUGAAUGAAAUUAACCACUGAGAAUUUGAACACCACUACAAAAUGGCGAGCACCCUAUAUAGUGCACUAUAUCCGUGAUAGGGAAAGAUUUCGAACACAGCUGUGGUCUCUUUAUAAGAUCUAGGUAAAAGCCUGCCAUGUUUGAUACAUUUUGAAAAGACCGGUUUUCUCUCUUGAGAAAAGUAUAAAGCGAUCGAUAGGAAUUGGAAACUAAUAAAGCAUAGAAAUGGUCAUGCAUAAACGCUGCUUGUCUCAGUACUGUGUGACACGUUGUACCUUCAGGUUACUGCGGUCCAUUUCUAUCCAGCUGUGGCCUACUCGUGGACGUGCCAGUAUAACUCAUAAGCCUUAUGCUAUCAUAGCUUUCCUUAAAACCCAUGCGGACAGUUUCCGUCGGUAAGAAGACCCCUGUAGUCGACAGAGGGCCGGGCGGUCGGACAGACGGCUGCGCGGUCGGACAGACAGGGGGCCGGGCGGUCGGACAGGGGGAGGCGUGAUUGGAUAGAAAGCCGUCUGAGGAAAGCAGUUUCUAAAGGGCUAUUGUAUUUCUUUGAAAUGUGGAGUUUAGCCCUUACAUUUAUUUUAUUUUUUACUGUCACUUAUCAAAAUGUCCUCCACAAGGUAUGCUCUUGUUUAUGUGUGGCUCUUAAGGUUCUUGUGUGUUUCAAAAGGCCAAAGGAAAGGAUCAGGAAGACUCAUGGUUCAUAAGGGUUACUUUUUGUAAUGUGAUUUAUUUUGUUUUAUUAUUUUGCAUUGCAGUUACACAUACCACAGUGUCUCCCUAUCAUACAGUACAACACAAGCUGUCGAUAUCAACACUCUACUUUAUACAGACCUAUUUGUUUGUCCUGCAGACUGUUUUGAUACUGUUUCUAUGAAAUGUACUCAUUCUCUUGACAGAGGAAAAACCUCCUAAAAUAACCCUAUUUAUAUGAUAACCCAGUGCUGUAAUCAAGUGAGAAUCUAAUCUUGCCUUUUGCAUAGAGGUUUCUGUACCUACUGCAGAUAUAACAUUUUUUGGUAAUUAAGUCACUAUUUAAUUUUUUGGGGUUAUCGUUUCUAGCACUUAAGAAUAUUAAAAUGUGUACAAAAUAAUAUUUUUUAUUUUUUUUAAGAAUAUAAUUAUUUUCCGUCAUUAUCAUUACAAAUGUUAUAAAAGUCUAGAAAUCCAUCUGUAUAUUUCUGUUCCUGUAUAGCAACACGUUUCAUAAAUGGAAAUAUGUUCUCCGAAUAUUUAUUUACUAAUAUAUUUAUCUUUAAGCCAUGCCUUAUGUUCAGAGUGUAUGAACAUUUUGGAGAUAUUGGUUGAUUUUUAUUUUGAGGAAAAUCACUAACAUGAGACUUUGUAUAUACAUGGUAAUUGCACACAAGACAAUUAAAUCUCUAUGACCAAAAAACUGAUUUUAAAACUUUAGUAUGAUACAGUUUUGUAAUUAAAGUGUACAAAGAUCUGUAAAAUAUACAGUUUUAUUCAAGUAAAA